AUGCUCGCAGCGCAUUUGCACGAUGAUGAACACAUUAGUAUGGAUAUUGUAUGGAUGGUGAUUGACAAGCUUCGAGAAGCGAUUCUUCUAGCAAAGGAGCAUGAUAUCGAAGGCGAAGCGCAGGCAUGCCAUUACACGGCUAAUGUGUAUGAACGGAUUAUUAAAAUGGCUGAAGUUGCAUAUAUCUAUCAUUUGCGUUGUGUUACACUGGCACAGACUAUGAUACCACGUAUUUUGACUGGCGUCGAUUGGUAUACGACGAGUAGUACAUUCGUUCAAAAGUAUCGCGAGCGCAAAGCAUGCGAGGAAGAAGCGAUCGACGAGAAGUUGAUGAACCAGUUGAGAACCGAAAUGGCGUCCGAAUUGAUUGAACUCGACAACACAGCCAAAAAGGGUACACAUGACUUUCUUGAACACAUCUACAAGGUGCAUCCACCACGCAAAGAAGGUGCUACUAUGGGCCCGCUGGAUGCCAAUCAGCUAAGCAAAACGGUCAAGAAGGCUUUAUUACAUUAUCAUCCAGAUAAACAAGUGGCUGAAGAUGAUGCCAACGCGCGAAAUUCUGAUCAAUUUCGAGCUGGAUCGGCGAAAUUGCACUUGGACAAGUCUAGUCAAUCGUGGAUACUAAAAGCAGCUAACAAUACACCUGUCAAUGUACACACUUUAUACAACACUAAGACCUACGACGAUGCUCUACGUAAAGAACAAUAUCAAUUAGGUGAUAUCGUUGGACGCAAAAUUGAUAAAGUUGAUCGUACAACUCUUCAAGCUACAAGUGAAGAGCAACUUCUUCAAGUGCGUUAUUUUAAGUUUUUUCCACGUGAACAUUUAUAUUUACAGAUAAUUCUCUUCCAGUUUAUGUAG